AUGGAUUCUCAGGCGAGUAAUCUUUACGAAACGGCAUCGCAGCCUGACACCGGCAACGAUGCCUACACUUUCCUCGAAUUCAACACGCAAGGGGAGGACUUUGAUUACCCCGAAUUCCAAGAACUUUCACAACCAAUUCGCUCUGUGGUAUGGCCCACACCCGCUGAUUCUGUGUCCGAAACUCCUGAUAGACACUCCUCUGGACAUCAAUCCGAUGCUUCACCCUCGGGAAAGAGAGGCAGCAGUGGAGGAAGUAGUAGUAAUAAUCAGGCGGCGGUGGAUGCGUUGGCAGCGGGGAUGAGUGGGUUGAAUUUUGAGGAGACUGGGGAUGACGAUGGUUUUGAGUUUGGCAAGGGUGGUUUUACGGAGCAUGCUUGUAGAUAUUGUGGGGUGACGAAUCCGGCUUGUGUGGUCAGGUGUAAUGUGCCUUCAUGUCGGAAGUGGUUUUGUAAUUCGCGGGGGAACACGUCCGGGUCGCACAUCGUGAAUCAUUUGGUAAGUGAAAUCACGCAUGGGGUUCAUUUUCUGUUAAUUGAUAUGGGCUUAGUUUCAACAUUGUCAUGUAUGUAUUUGUCGAAGGUAUUUCACUUCAUGAAUGAAAAUGGAGUUCUAAU